CGUUCUGGUGUGACGUGACGGGUCACAGUGUGAAAGUGUGGCUAGCUGAGUUAGCGGAAGCUAAUUUACUGUUUAUAAAGCGGAUUACUAGCGGCUUAAUCCGGUUUAAUGCCGCAUUUUAUUUAUUAUUUAUUCCUACAGCUGUUUUUAAUCAGUCAUAAUCGGGUAUAGUAAAGUAUACAGGAGUAUAUUAGAGUACCGUUAUAGAGGAGUAUAGUUCCGCUAGGCUAAUGUAUCAGUACUGCUGUUUGGGUUGUGUAUAUUGAGUGUGUGAUUAACCCUAGCACCGAGUAAAUUGGAGUAUAGUAGAGUUUAAUUGAGUGUAGAGGAGUAUAUAAGAGUACAGUAGUGCAGAGGUAAGCUAGGCUAGUAUAACAGUACUGCUGUUUAUAUUGAGUGUAGUUAAACCAGAUCAGAACCGGAUCAUGGCUCUGCAUUACUGCCCGCAGUGCGGGGCGAAGCUGCAGCCCGGGUUCCGGUUCUGCCCGACCUGCGGAGAGAAACUCCCCCAACUACCCGAACCGGAACCAGAACCCGCCCACAGCAUCAGAACCCUCAGCCUCAACCCAACUACUGACUCACCUGCUCCCCACACUGCAGCUGUUGUUGAGGCGUCUGGCUGCUCGGCGAUGAUUCGCUCGCCCAUCCGGUCCGUUCGCCAAUCAGCUACCAAGAUUCUGUGCAGUCCAGCUACUCCACCUCCACCUGCUACACACAGCACAGAUCAGAAGUUUGUGAAAUCACCUGGGAAACGGAGAUCAGCGUUCUCUAAAGUGCAGGAAGAGAAAGAAUCCACAGUCUCCGCCCCCUCACCUCAGACUCCGCCCCCAGCACUGCAGGGUCUGACGUCUCCUUGGAAGCGGAAGCUGCAGGAGGACGAGGAGCUGAAGACCGUUUCUCCUCCACCUGUUCAGACUCCUCCCUCAGCGAAAGGCCGGGGGAAGAAGGUGAAGCGAGUGUGUGUGGUGGAGCCGGAGGAGGGGGCGGAGUUCUGUGAUCAGUCAGGGAAGAAGUGGAGGCUGGAGAAGCUGCUGAUCCAGAGUGAUGUGGAGCUCACCUACACAGUGGCGCUGCGUCUGUUGGACGCUCUGGAAUUUAUACAUGAGAAUGAAUACGCUCACGCGGAUCUCCACGCGGGAAACGUCUACAUCAGCACCAGCGCCCCCUCGCGGGUGUUCCUGUCGGGGUUUGGUCACGCGUUCCGGUUCUGUCCGGGAGGGAAACAUGUGGAGUACCGGGAGGGGAGCCGCACCCCCCACCAGGGAAACCUCAACUUCAUCAGCCUGGACUCACACAAGGGGGCGGGUCCGUCUCGGCGCAGUGAUCUGCAGUCUCUGGGGUUCUGUUUGCUGUGCUGGAUGACGGGUUCUCUGCCGUGGAGCGACGCCACUCCGAGCGGCUCGGUUAUCUGCGCUGAGAAAGAGAAAUAUAUGGCUGAUGUUCUCGGACUGAUGAGUUCCUGUUUUAAGAAGAGGAGAAUAUCAGGUGGGUUACAGAGUUACCUGUCUCAGGUGGUUGGUCUUCACUACUGAGAGACCUGAUUACUCUCAGCUCAGAUCUGCUUUCAGUGACGCUUUACACAAGCUGGGCGGAGCUUUAGGAGAACCACUGAUCUGCAGUUAAAAGAGGAAGAGGAGGAGAGUCUGAUCUCUGCAGAUCAGAUCAGAUCAGACGUUUUUUAUAAGCGAGUUUUUUGGGUGUUUUUUGUGUUUUGGGUUUAAUGGUGUGAUUUUAUCACAGUGAUAAUAAUGAUAAUUCACCACAUGCUGAGAGUCUCACCGCUGUUCUUAAUGUUUUGGGAAAUGUUUAACUAGUUACAGUUUUUAGACGAAUUCACUGCUGUUCGUAUCAUUUAUUUGUUUUGUUUCAAUAAAAACAUUUUUUGAGAAA